AUGCCCAUGAACAAGAUGAAUGUAUUAUUUAAGAUGUCUUAUAUUUAUUCAUUACAAAUAUUCCCAGUAGUUCCACAAAUACAUAAAAUGUAUGAUAUUGAUUUAAAAAGUACUUCACCAGCAAACUAUGACUUUUAUAUAAAAAACUAUUAUUCAUCUAACAAUAAUAUUCUAAUUAUAACGGAAGUCAAAUCACCGCACUCUGAUAUUUCUGGAUUUCUUUGUAUUUAUUCUAAUCGGAUAACUAAUACUUACAUUAAAAGCUUAUAUUGUUUUUCAAAAGAUUUUACAAAUACUGACAAGAUAUUCCACGAAUUAAUUUUUAUUACACCCUUAGGGCAAAACAAUAUUCUUUACAUACAAAUUGCUUCAUUGUUGUUUAAUAAUGCGUCACAAUCUCAGUAUGUUAUUGAAGUCGAAAAAGAUUUUCAAAGUGUUGAUGAUAUAGGUUUGAAACUACAAACUGGUUUUACAGAAUUUGUAUUGUUAAAUAAGGAAAAAACAAUUUCAUUGUCCUGUCAACUUCUUGAAGGAUUAACAAAUAAAUCUGCAUCAAGAAUUAUGCAUGCUUUAGAAAACAAAGAUUACAUUUUAUCAUUUUUUGACAGAGAUUAUAGUAAGAUUAUUGAUUUUCUAGAAGAAUUUAUUUUGAUAUUACAAGAUAUUAAUGAACUGUUACAAUAUAGGUUAUCUUUGUUUUUUACAAAUUUUAUGGAAAACAAUUUAAAUACCUUUUGGGAAAAUGAAUUUAUACGCUUUAAUGAGGAUUUUAGUGAUUUUAAAAAUAUUCAUUUAUGGAGCUGCUUUUUUGAAGAUCUACGUAACUUAUUUUGUCUAGUUGAGGAUCCAAAUCACAAAUUCAAACUUUUUGAUUAUGAUCAAUGCAUCGGAGAAUUUUUUGGUGAUUCAUUAAUUUCCGUUUUAUUUAACUUUCAAGAAGAUAUUGAUGAAAAAAAUCUAGAAUGUUUCGCUUUCGACAAGAAGAAGAAUAGAUUGGCCUUUAAGCUAAUGAUUGAUUCAACGAAAAGAAAAAUUUUUUUUAUGUUUGACCUAAAUUUUCUGAAAAAGUCUAAUGUUACACAAAUUGAUUGCAUAGUUAAAACCCAUAGUAAACACUAUAAAGCAUCUAAUAUCGAUUUAAUUGAAUACUUGUAA